UAUCUUGGAAGCCUCCUUUUUGUCUCUUUCUCGCAUCCUUUUCUCCUCGAGCACGCAUACCCCACUGAAACAAAGUUGGGCACACUCUCAUGGUCGCGGUCGCCUUUAGUUCAACUUGCAAGGCGCCUGAUUUGAAGUUUGAGCUACCUGGAGUUGGAUUGGGCAUCGAUGGGAGAGUCAGGAACGAUUUCUAACUCCUCUUCUCCUUCAGGUUAUGCCCUCGGGCCGCCCUGGUUGUUCAGAGGAAGAGCAUUGUACCAGUUACAUCUUGUUAAAGCAGACAUUGCUCGGGCUCUCAUUCCAAAGGAGCUGAAGCUAGUUGAAGCAUUUGGGUAUACCUUAGGUGGGCUGUUUCUUGCUCACUAUGAUGACAGCCCGGCUGGGGAGUUUGAUGAGCUCGUCGUGAUUCCUGGCAUCAUCUGGAACCCACCUACAUCGUGCGCGUGGGCUUCUAGAGUUCUUGUGAAUAGUCACGAGGCUUGCAGGCAUGGCAGGAAGGAAAUAGGUCUCCCAAGUCAAGUUGCUAUUUUCUCCAAGAGAGACACAGCAGCUUCAGAACAGCCAUUAUGUAAGUGCCGAACAAGUUCUAUUCACCCUAAGCCAAAAGAACAGAGUGAGAUUCAAGUGCUAGAGAUGGAGGAUUCUUCUCAGAUAUUCAUUUGUAACAUCAGUUUACCUUUUGCUGCAGGUGACAAUCGGAUGGGUCCUCAGAUUAGGAUAUCACUUCCAAGCUUUAGUGGCCAGACUAUAUACAAUCCUCGUCUUCUUAAAUAUUCCUGCCAAGUUGACUGCAGGGUAAGAGCAGUGGAGGCUGCGAAGAUAUCAAGGCCAAGGACUACUCAGCUCAACAAAUUUCCUAAUGCCACUGAAGUGAAAAAAAUCAACUUUGAUGACAGAUUAACAACUGAAAAUGAAGAGAGAGAACGAAGCAUUGAAGUUUUACUAUCAAAGCCUAUACUGGCUCUAGAGUUCAGUCUUCUGAAAAUGCAAGUUGAGGCUCCGACAGAUGUCACUACACAAUCUAGAUCUAAGAAGAAUCAAGUGGUAGAUUUAAGAACUUGCUAAGUUAAAUAAUACAGCAAUCUUGAACAGUUGUCUUACCACCCUUUUCAAUAUCCAUUGCAUGGUUUGGGACAUAACAAUAUGCAUUUUGAAAGAGUUGAUCGUGUGACUACCCUCAAUCCCACAAGUGAAACAGUUGGCUGUAUUGGUUCGAGGAAGUUUGCAACUGGAAAGCUACUAAGUAACUUAAGUUGCAUAGCUAUUUUGUUUCUUACAAGAAUGUCAGCAUAUUCACUAAAAGUGUGCCAAAAAGAAUGUUAUACAAUAAUGAUUGGUUUCAACCAUAUUUUUAAGAUGAAAA